CCCUGAUGAGAUCAUACCGGUAUGAAGUGUUGGACUAAAAUGACUCUGAUUGGUUUAUCCACCCGCCCCCUGCACGCGACCGCCUCGCUCUGACCUACUGAUCAACAAAUACACGUUUGUUUUCCCAGAGGUGAGAAACGGACUAAUCAACGGUUACACUUCCAGAUGAUGUUUUGACGAAACUGGGUAUGAUAACGGACGCUAAGCUGUGUACAGGACUGCAUCAGAUUUAGGUAGAUCAUCUUGUUUUAGCACUUUAUAAUAGUGACAGUAAGAUCUUUUGGAAUGUAUAGGGGGGUAAAAACCAGAUACCCGAGAACCGCUACAGGUGAUAGAGACAGCACAAACGUCAUUGUCUCAUUUCUCAAACAGUCAAGUGAUAAAAUGAAACAUCAAGAUUUAAUAGAAAGAACGAGCAGUCUGUGGAUAUUUGGAUAUGGCUCCUUAGUGUGGAAACCAGAUUUUACUUACAAAAGGAGAAAAAUCGGCUUCAUUAAAGGAUACAAAAGGCGCUUCUGGCAUGGAGAUGAAUUUUAUCGCGGGAACAAGGGAAAGCCAGGCAGGGUGGUCACCCUAGUGGAGGAUCCAGAGGCUUGCACUUGGGGAGUGGCCUAUGAAGUGACGGACUCGCAGAUUGAAGAGUCCCUCCAGUACCUGAACAUGAGAGAGGUUGUGCUGGGGGGCUACAUAACAGAGAGGGUUGAGUUCGUGCCUAUGGAGAAGGGCAAGGGCUCCCUGUGGGUCCUUGUCUACAUCGCUACCUCUGACAACCCUACCUACCUCGGACCGGCUUCGGACAAGGAGAUCGCUGCUCAGAUCGCCAUCUGUCACGGUAACGCAGGCCGCAACAUUGAAUACCUGGUCCGUCUGGCGGAUUUCAUGAGGCUCUACUGUCCAGGGGAGGAGGACGAGCACCUCUUCUCUAUUGAAGCGGAGGUUUUGAACAUUUUCCGUGGAUGAAACAUCCAGACCAAAAAUCCCUUCUGCUGGGAAAUAUAUGAGACAACAUAAAACACUCUGUAACAUGAAAAUGUUAUUAUACUAGAUAAAAAGAUGAACUCUUGCAGCACAUGUUUAAGGGGACUUGGUACUUAAAAACGAAAUAUCUGAUUUGGUUUCAAGGAAAAUAAAUAGUGGUGACAUUUUCAGCAGUUAAUGGGUUUCAGGCUGUAACACAACUUAAAGAGAGUCUCAUGUUACUCAGCACUUUACUUUUGACCUUCUCACUUUGACAUUUUUCCACUGUCAACUGUGUAAAAUGUAUUUAAUAA